AGUCUGGGUGCUGCAGCGAGAAGGAGAAGCCUAAGCAUGCAGAGGGAAUAGCGGUCACCUCCUGCCUGACCGCCUGAGAGGGCAGGAAGGCCAGGGCCCUGCAGGAGCCAUCGGCCGUGGUGCGCCCUUGGGUUCAGUGAGCUGUGAGUUCCAUAUCAUGAGACACUGGCAGGAGCACAUCCCGUAUUCUUCAAGCAGAGUUAAGAAGAGGAGGAAACUGGCCAGCAGACUGAUACACUGGAAUUGCCCUCCUUGAGUUCCAGAACUCCAACAUCCCUUGGGAGAAAAUGUGGUCAAGGAAUCUUAUGGCAAGGGCCUUAUAUGACAAUGUCCCGGAGUGUGCUGAGGAGCUGGCCUUUCGCAAGGGGGACAUCCUGACUGUCAUAGAGCAGAACACCGGGGGACUGGAAGGAUGGUGGCUGUGCUCCCUACAUGGACGCCAAGGCAUCGUCCCUGGCAACCGCGUGAAGCUUCUGAUUGGUCCUGUGCAGGAGGCCCCGCCCAGUCACGACCAGCCUGGACCCGCGCACCAGAGCUUUGCCCAACAGAAACUCUACCAGGUGCCCAACUCACAGGCGGCAGCUCGCGACACCAUCUACCAAGUGCCACCUUCCUACCAGAGUCAGGGAAUUUACCAAGUGCCCACGGGUCAUGGCACCCAAGAACAAGACGUAUAUCAAGUGCCACCUUCAGGACAGAGAAGCUUAGGAGGCACCAAUGGCCCCCACUUAAGUAAAAAGGUGAUCACGCCAGUGAGGACAGCCCACGGCUAUGUGUACGAGGACCCACCCUGGUGCCACAAGGACGUCUACGAUGUCCCUCCUUCCCACACCACUCAAGGGGUGUAUGACAUCCCUCCCUCUUCUGUGAAAGGCCCUGUGUUCUCAGUUCCGGUGGGAGAGAUAAAACCUCAGGGGGUGUAUGACAUCCCUCCCACUAAAGGGGUCUAUGCCAUUCCACCCUCCACGUGCCGGGACGAAGCUGGGCAUAGGGAAAAGGAAUAUGAUUUCCCGCCUCUGGUGAAGCAAACUGCGAGGCCAGACAUCAGACCCGAGGGGGUGUAUGACAUCCCCCCAAACAGCACCAAGCCCGCGGGGAAGGACCUUCUCAUGAAAUACACCUGCGAUGCUCCUGGCGCAGCGGAAGCCGUGGCGCGAAGGCACCAAAGCCUUUCCCUGCACCGCCCGCCCCCGCAGCUGGGACAGGCCGUGAGCAUUCAGAACGACGCAUAUGACGUCCCCCGGGGAGUUCAGUUUCUGGAGCCACCAGCAGAAACCGGCGAGAAAGCAAACCCCGAAGAAAGAGACGGUGUUUACGAUGUCCCUCUGCACAACGCGCCGGAUGCUAAGGGCUCUCGGGACGUGGUAGACGGCAUCAACCGGUUGUCCUUCUCCAGCACGGGCAGCACCCGGAGCAACAUGUCCACCUCCUCCACCUCCUCCAAGGAGUCCUCCUUGUCGGUCUCCCCAUCUCAGGACAAAAGGCUCUUACUGGAUCCGGACACAGCCAUCGAGAGGCUCCAUCGGCUCCAGCAGGCCCUGGAGAUGGGAGUCUGCAGCCUGAUGGCACUGGUCACCACCGACUGGCGGUGCUACGGGUACAUGGAGAGACACAUCAAUGAGAUCCGCACCGCGGUGGACAAGGUGGAGCUGUUUCUGAGGGAGUACCUCCAUUUUGCCAAGGGAGCGGUAGCCAAUGCCUCCUACCUCCCAGAACUGGUCCUCCACCACAAGAUGAAGCGAGAGCUUCAAAGAGUGGAAGACUCCCACCAGAUUCUAAGCCAGACCAGCCAUGACCUGAAUGAGUGCAGCUGGUCCCUGAAUGUCCUGGCCAUCAAUAAGCCUCAAAACAAAUGCGAUGAUCUGGACAGGUUUGUGAUGGUGGCCAAGACCGUGCCUGACGAUGCCAAGCAACUGACCACCACCAUCAACACCAACGCAGAGACCCUCUUCAGACCAGGCCCCGGAGGUUCCCUUCUGAAGAACGGGCCCGACAGCAUCAUGAACUCCGCAGAGUAUCCACACUCUGGCUCCCCAGUGCAGCUGCUGCGUCCUGGUGACGGCAAGGCCCAGGCCCACAGCAAGCCACUGCCCCCCACCCUGGGAAAGGACCAGCCUCCUGACUGUAGCAGCAGUGACGGCUCCGAAAGGAGCUGGAUGGACGAUUAUGAUUACGUCCACCUACAGGGUAAGGAGGAGUUUGAGCGGCAACAGAAGGAGCUGCUGGAGAAAGAGAAUAUCAUCAAGCAGAACAAGAUGCAGCUGGAACACCACCAGCUGAGUCAGUUCCAGCUGUUGGAACAAGAAAUUACAAAGCCGGUGGAGAAUGACAUCUCCAAGUGGAAGCCCUCUCAGAGCCUCCCAACCACAAACAGUGGUGCGGGUGCUCAGGAUCGGCAGCUGCUCUGCUUCUACUACGACCAGUGUGAGACCCAUUUCAUCUCCCUCCUCAAUGCCAUCGACGCCCUCUUCAGCUGUGUCAGCUCGGCCCAGCCACCGCGGAUCUUCGUGGCACACAGCAAGUUUGUCAUCCUCAGUGCACACAAACUGGUGUUCAUCGGAGACACGCUGACCAGGCAGGUGUCUGCCCAGGACAUUCGCAACAAAGUCAUGAACUCCAGCAACCAGCUCUGUGAACAGCUCAAGACAAUAGUGAUGGCCACCAAGAUGGCGGCCCUGCAUUACCCGAGCACUACUGCCCUGCAGGAGAUGGUCCACCAAGUUACAGACCUGUCCAGAAACGCCCAGCUCUUCAAGCGCUCUUUGCUGGAGAUGGCAACUUUCUGAGAGGAAGGGGAGGAGGAGGGAACUGAGUGAACUGUUACUAAGCAAAACUGGAAAUACUGUCUGGUUUUUGUAAAUAUGAUCUAUUUUGUAUAUAUUUUAUAUGGAAAUGAAAUAUUUUAACAUUUUAUGAGUUAGACAACUUUCAGAAAUUCAGGGAGCUGGAGAGGGAAAUUUUUCUUCCCUGUGUGGUUCUUAUGUAUGCACAUAAGUAUAUAAGACAUAAGUUGUACAGAAACUUGUCCACUUGCUGUGUAUCACUUUGCAUUCUUGUUUGUUUGUAGAUGUUUGUCUGAUACAUUCCAUUAAAAAAACAACAACAACAACAACAUGAAUUAAGAAGCACCUUAGUCGGCACCUCCUAAUGCUGCAUUUGGGGUUUUUUCGAAAUGUAUUGACUGGUUGUAAUAUUGUUCUACGUGUACUAGUGAUUAUUCUGAGCCUGGCACACCCAAAUCUAGUGUAUUUGCAAGUGUUCACCUCCCACACACCAUCUCAUAAGACAUGGUAUGUUUUAUUCUUGUUUUGAAGCCUCUUUCAAAAUUGACUGUCUGGAACACAUUAUGGCAAAAUGCCCCCAUUCCAGUUGGAAAAGCCCUCUUGGAAAGCAAGUUUCAGAAAUACAUGCUAAUCCAAGCUCCAAGAUUUCAGGUGCUGGCGAGAGGAGAGACCUGUGUACUGAGUUAGGAGGCCAUGUCCAUAGCUGGGACUGGGUUGUUCCAACAUUGAGAGGAAGCUACAAUAAAAGGAUAACACUUGUUUCCCUGGGGCUAUUUGAUCUUCUGCAUUUGUGAGUGAUUCAACCAUGAGGUUUUCCAAAGAAUGUUUUUAGAGUUGUAAAAAAACAAAGCAAAAAAAAGAAAAAAACCACAUUAUUUGAAGCAGGAAUCCAUGAAGAUGCAUCAGACUGAGAUAGUUCACAAAAAGAAGGGAUGAUUCCAUCAGCCAGUGCUGAGCAGAACUUUCUGACUCUUCACAUUCCCUUAUUACCUGAGAGAAACUGGCCAGUUCCUUGGUCACUGCCCCUUAGAGCCACCAGGCCAUAUCCUUGGUCUCUCACCCUUCUUAAAACUCACAUGGUACAGACCCAACACUUCCAGCAGCUGCAGACGGUGCAUCUGAUCUUCACAACUCUGUGUGGCUGAUGACCUUGUAUAUUCACCCCAUCACCAACUCAGUUACAGCAUCUAGGCCUUAGUCCAUCCUCAUAACUGCUGGUGUAGACACAGAGGGGUCACCACAGUCAUCAGAUGUAUCCCUGGUGAGUGGAAUGCACCCUACCUGGUGGGUAAAUGUAUCCAAGCAUUGCCAACUCAAGAAGCAUGUUUUCUACAGUCUUUUAAAGGGUCCAUAGAAAUUAUUUUAUUCCGGCUUACUUUUUCUUUUGUAAUAUAUGCCUUGACCAAAUUAAGCUUGCUUUGUUUUAAACAACCAAAUGACUGGAACAGGAAAUGAUUUAAGAGGAACGCACGAUUUUAGUGUGAUAAAGCAUCAAUGGAAAUAAAUAUGGAAGGUGCUUUUCAAAACAACCACUCUUUAUGAUUCUCAAUGCUCUAUGCUGCCAACGGAAGAUUAAAAGCUGUGUCGUCGUGUGACGAGGAAAUGCGUAGGGAGGAAGGGGGUUGCUGGACAUUAAUAACACUUGAGGAAGUUAGUGUGUCCUUGUUGAUUUCAAUUGUAUGGUGUGUAUUUCUUAGCAGAUGACAGACUUGUCCUAAGUGAAGUGGUGACAUUUCACGUUUUCAAAACCAAAACGUUCAAUCUGUAUUAUUCUCUUCACCAUUUUAUAUGUAGAGCUAUUUUUAAAUCAUUAAAUUUUUAGAUCUCUG